AUGAAACACAUCAACCCAACCUGCAAACUGACCAAGUCGGACAAGCAAAGAGAUGCAAUAAUCAUAGCUGGAUUCCCAGCUAUCGGUAAAUCAUCCUUAACCAAGGCUGACCCCCAUCCCCUGUCUCAUGAGCCAUCGUGGGAAGAGAAACCAGUCAUGUUCGGUAAGAACAAGGCGAUUCCUACCAUAUGGGUUUCAGCACAAGGCGAUAGACAUCGUGUUUUCGACAUCGACAGCGCCGACUAUAAAAGCCCAGACGGAACAGACGACUUUUCAUCCUACAUUGCAAUGAUCAUGUUGAUCCUCGAACAGGAUCCCAAAGCUAUUCUUUUGGUCUGCACCAAACCCGGGCUGACCAAGGAAAUGCGCAAGAGACACUUGGAUUAUGCCCUCGUCUACCCAAGACGAGACCUGAAGGAUGUAUGGCUAGCCCGACAGGCAGACCGCAUUCAAAAGUCAGAGCACGAGCACGGUGCGACGUCCGCGGCAGCAAAAGCGCAACACGGACUCUACAAGUUUAUGGAGAAGAAGUGGGACGAGUGGCAGGAUGGGUUCGAGCAGGACGAGGUGACCGAUUUCGAUCCUGAGAAGGAGGUGGCGAGGUUCGAGUUUGACGAGAAGGACUACUUGAAGUGCUGCAUGGAUAGGAUACUGGAGAGUAUAGUCCUAGGACGCAAGCGUUGA